AUGAGACCUUCAAGCAGCUUAUUAAAACACAUACCAUUAAUCAAAUUUGUUGGUGGUCCACACAAGUUUUCCAAAUCUAGUGCAGGUGUCCAUCCAAUGGCCCCCCAUGGAUUAAAACCAACAGCUGGUAGUUCAUACUCAAAUACCAAUCCAAUUGAACCAAAAGAAGGUGAAUAUUUCAGUAGAUCACAAUUACCUUUAAGAUUUAGAUAUAAAUUACCAAAAGAAGACGAAGCUGAAAAUAUUAUUAGUGGUGGUGCCGAAGUAGUAUUUUAA